AUGAAAAAUGAGACCGAUCGAUUGGCAUUGCUCGCAUUCAAAGAUGGUAUUUCGGAAGAUCCUAUUGGUGUGUUGAGCUCAUGGAACAAUUCUCUCCAUUUCUGCCAAUGGGUGGGAGUCUCCUGCAGUCGCCGCCAGCAUCAAAGGGUCACGAGCUUGAACCUCACGGACCACAGCUUGGUGGGCUACUUAUCACCUCACAUUGGAAAUCUCUCUUUCCUGGGAAGAAUCGAUCUCUCCACCAACAAAUUCAAAGGUGAAAUCCCACAAGAAAUCGGCCGCUUGUUCCGGCUUCAGAUUCUCAACCUGACUGAAAAUUCGUUCCAAGGAGAAAUUCCAUUCAGUCUGAGCCACUGCUCAGAACUCCUAAUCAUUAGCAUUGCAUGGAAUCAGCUAGUCGGAGAACUUCCCCCCGAGCUUGGCUCUUUGUCAAAGCUCAAUUUUCUUUCUGCCAUGUUCAAUGAUCUCAGUGGAAGCAUCCCACCUUCGUUGGGGAACCUUUCCUCUCUCACCACCCAUUUUCUACGAGGUAACAGUUUCAAUGGGCAAAUUCCAAACCAGCUUGGUCAAUUGGCAACCAUGACCCGUCUCCAAAUGGAUGAAAAUCAGUUAUUAGGUACGAUUCCACCAUCGAUUUAUAAUCUCACAUCCAUACAAGUGAUUAGCGUUGCAGUUAAUCGGCUACAUGGAAGAAUUCCCCCCAACCUAGGCCUUGCUUUUCCACACCUACAAUGGAUUACUGCAGGAGCAAACCAAUUCACGGGAACGUUGCCAAUUUCAUUGUCCAAUGCUUCAAGUCUUGAAUUUGUUGAUUUUAGCUCCAACAGUUUUAGUGGACAUGUGCCUUUGAAUCUAGGAAGUCUUUCGCGUCUCUACCAUUUCAAUAUCGAGAGAAAUCAGCUUGGAAGCAGGGAAGGUGAUGACCUGAGCUUCCUCACUUCACUGACCAACUGCACCAAUUUAAAAGUCAUAUCUGCUUCUGUUAAUAAUCUCUAUGGUGAGUUGCCCGGUUCCAUUGCUAAUCCGACACAGCUAAACUUACUGGUUUUGGGAAGAAACAAGAUAUUUGGAAUCGUUCCCAAGGGAAUUGAGAAUCUCAUCAGCUUGUAUGGUCUGGGUCUGCAAGUGAACUCCUUGAAGGGUACUCUUCCAGAUUCUAUUGGGAAGCUUAACAAGUUGCAAGCCUUGAAUCUGUAUGGAAAUAAAUUUUCGGGCCAAAUCCCACCUUCAAUCAGCAACAUCACUCAAUUGACCAAUCUCUACUUGGAUGUAAAUGAUUUCCAUGGAAGCACACCAACGAAUUUUGGAAAUUUGGGAUUUAUGGAACAAUUGUUCAUUUCUGAAAAUAAACUCAAUGGUACCAUACUCAAACAAGUCGGCGCAGCUCAAAUCAACCUGUCUCAUAACUCAUUCACUGGGUCUCUCCUGCUGGAAGUUGACAACUUAGAAAAUAUCCGCUUGAUGGACAUCUCAGAGAACAAUCUAUCGGGGUGA